AUGGCGGAGGACGAGACAAAAGAGCGAACCAAGGGGGCAGAGCCAGACACCGAUGGCAACAAUGGCAACAAUAGCAACAAUAGCGUCGAGAAUGCACCGGAAGACAACGAGGACGAGGAGGUUAUCGAACGGUUCCCGCCGGAUCAAGAAGCAUCCCUUCUUGCAGAGGCCAACGAGCACAAGAAACAGGCCAAUGAACUGUUCAAAACAAACCAGACAGAUGCCGCCCUCACAGCCUACGAAACGGCCGUCUCGGUCCUUCCUUCCUACCUGUUCUACGACCUUGCCCUACUGCGGUCGAACAUGGCUGCGUGCUACAUCAAACUAGAUGACUGGAAGCAGGCCAACCGCAGCGCCACAGAGGCACUCGAAGCUCUCGAUAAAGAACAAAGGCGGAUAGAGAAGGAGAAGGCCAAUCCGAAGAAGGAAGAACCGACAGACGGAAACGGGGUCGAACAGGACGAUGAAAGCGUCGAGGACGAGAUCGUCAGUGAAGGUGCAAAGCUGGCUGCACGGCCGCCACCCCCUCCGAAAGAACCGACGCCGCCUCCGGCACCUGUCGGACCGACCGACCAAGAUAUCCUUCGCAUCCGCUCCAAAAUUUUGUUGCGUCGUGGCCGGGCACGCUCCGAGCUGGGUGGCUGGGCGAACUUGGCCGGUGCGGAGGAGGACUACAAGACGUUGUCCGCCAUGCCGACGGGGACCCUUGGUGGUGCGGAUCUGCAGCUAGUCAAGAAACAGCUUAAGGACCUCCCGGCACGGACAAAAGCGGCACAGGACGCGGAGAUGGGCGAUAUGAUGGGCAAGCUAAAGGAGGUGUCUCAGAGUGCUAAUGAACAGCUUGGCAAUGGUAUCCUCAGGCCUUUUGGCAUCAGCACCGACAACUUCCAGAUGGUCAAGGACGAGAAGACAGGCGGUUACAGCAUGAACUUUAGACAGAACCCGGGGUCGUGA